AUGGGCGCUCCUGACAAUCGAGGUACAGAGUUUAUCAUUGGCUAUAUGGAGAACAUUGCAGAGUCUAUAAACGUCGAACUCUUUAUCACAACCAUGAGGACCACCACAGUCAAUGUACGGGUGACCGCCCCGAGAUACAGCGCCGCGGGGAUCAACUCUGCCUUCUCCGUCACUGCCGGAACUGUGAAACAACUGUUCUUCCACCCACGUAUUCGUCUGAGUGGUAAUGAAAUGAGUUCCAAGGCCGUCUGGAUCACUGCAGAUGAAGAGGUCGUGAUUUACGGAGUAAAUAAGGAGACAUAUUCAUGUGAUGCCUUUUUAGGAUUGCCUACAGACGUCCUUGGAACUGAAUACUACGCCAUCACGUAUUACCCACCGUCCAGACAAUGUGAGCUGUUGGUUGUCGGUGUGAAUGACAGCACUACAGUAAACAUCAGAGUUGGAGAUGCUAUUGGUAGUCGGUACAUAUCUUGGGGAGGAACAAACUACUACAGCGGACAAACACUUACUGUCACCAUGAACAGAUUCGACACAUUCCAGUUAGUCACCUACGGCGAUCUUUCCGGCACAUACGUUAGUUCCAGUAAGCCGGUUUCUGUUUUCAGUGGAAAUAGGAAAACAAAUAUUGGCAGAGGAGGAAGUUCUGACCAUCUGGUCGAACAUCUUACAAAUGUUGAUACUUGGGGUAAACGAUUUGUUACUGUUCCUGUUCCACUGAGGACAGUUGGUGAUUACUUCAAAUUUAUAGCCAGUGAGAGUAACACCCAAGUUACUAUAAGUGGAGGAUAUUCCACUUCCUUUACGCUAAGUAAUGCAGGUACAGUCGUACAGAAAACGAUACCUUCUGGGGCAUACUGUCUUGUUGUCUCUGAUAAACCAAUAUUAGUUGUUCAGUUUUGCCUCAGUCAACAGUCAUCAAGCGAAAAAUCGGAUCCUAUGAUGAUGAUCAUUCCACCGGUGGAACAAUACGGAGCCGACUACACAUUUACAACACCAAAGUACUCUCUCGGCUCUUACAACAAUUAUUUCAUGUUUAUUGUUAAGAAUAGUGAGAAAUCUGGACUUCGAGUCGAUGGCAAUACCUUCCCCUCCAAUACUGUGUACAACACAAUAAGCGGCACGGAUUACGUAGGGGGCUAUAUCAGCGUGUCCGAGGGGUCCCACACUGUACGUCACACGUCUCCUAUCUCCAUCUUUGGAGGAUAUCUGUACGGUCAAGCAAACUACGAGACCUAUGGGUUUACUACAGGCAUGAGAAUGGCGGGCAUCAACACGAUUUGUGUACCGACAACUACGGUUGUGGGUGAUGGCAUAGACAACGACUGUGACGGUCUAAUUGAUGAGGAGUUGUGUACUACAGAGAAUCAGGGUAGAGAUGAUGACGGUGAUGGGAUUGCAGAGGAAGAUUGUGCCACUCCACCGCCAAUUGAUGGAGGCUGGAGUACAUGGGGGUCAUAUUCCACGUGUUCUGUAUCGUGUAAAUCAACAUCAGGAGGCGCUACUACCGGUGUAUCAACCAAAACGAGGUUAUGUAAUAAUCCAACUCCAAAGUAUGAUGGGAAACAGUGUUCAGGCUCCGGGACGCAGACUCAAUCAUGUACACCAUCCAAUUACUGUCCAGUACAUGGCGGUUACACCAGCUGGGGAGGAUGGGGUGCGUGUUCUGUGACGUGCGACAGUGGUACCCAAACCAGGACUCGUUCGUGUAACAAUCCGACACCUCAGUAUGGCGGAAACUCUUGUUCUGGAAGUAGUUCAGAGGCUAAAUCUUGUACAAAGAGCCCAUGUCCAAUCGAUGGAGUAUGGGGAUCCUGGAGUAGUUACACAUCUUGUACACUAACGUGUAAGGACUAUGGAACGUCACAGACUGGCACCAAGACUCGAACCCGAUCAUGUGACAACCCGGCUCCACAGCAUAAUGGCGCAAACUGUCCUGGUUCCAACACAGAUGUUCCAUCCUGCACAACUUCGACGUAUUGUGCCAUUAAUGGUGGAUUUACAUCAUGGACAACCUGGAGUUCUUGUUCUGUAACAUGUGCGUCUGGUACGCAAGAGAGGAGCCGUUCUUGUACAAAUCCAGCACCCCAGUUUGGAGGGACAAGUUGUUCCGGAGCAACCCGUGGCACUAAAACGUGCACACUAUCACCUUGUCCAAUUGAUGGUGCCUGGACAAAUUGGGGAAGCUGGAGCACGUGUACGGUCACGUGCGGGGGUGGCUCUUCUACAAGAACUCGAUCAUGUACAAAUCCCUCUCCGCAAUAUGGCGGGGUUAACUGUCCGAAUUCAGCAUCAGAAACUAUGGACUGCAACACUCAAUCUUGUAUCAUUGACGGAGCCUGGGGGGCCUGGGGGAGUUGGAGUCUAUGCACUUUGACCUGUGGAGGUGGGAAGCAAUCACGUUCAAGACUCUGUGAUGAUCCUCGUCCUCAGAAUGGUGGUCUUACUUGUUCUGGUGACUCUGGUGAUCUAGCGGAUUGUAAUUCUAACUCGUGUCCAGCUGCGGCUGCCGGUGUUUACCAACAGCUCUGUCCUACCGGCUGGUUUACCUGCGAGUCUGGAGCAAUGAAAUGUAUCAACAGAGAGUUCCAGUGUGACUGUUUUAAUGACUGUGAUGACGGAAGUGACGAGACUGCUAAUUAUGCCGGGUGUAGCGGAGCACUGAUCGCCUCCUGUGAGAGCGGGGCUGACGGAACGUCUAGGACAGGAAUUCUAUCGUUGGUGAUGUGCGCCGUUGCAGCGCUAUCAGCAAUGGGACCAAAGCCAACAAGAAAUAUAGGCAGAAAGCGUAAUGCAGCUGAGGCGUCUUUGGACAGCACUGCCACACUUCAGUCGCAGGCUCAGCUAACUUCUUCCAGCUUGGUUCCUGGAUCCACCACAGAUAACCUGGGUCUAGCACCAGACACUUUGGCACUUAUCACUAAGACAGUAACAGCUGCAGUUAUGCAGGAAAUCCAAAAAACUCCUGCACAAAGGCCUGAUGCGGUAACUGUCCCAGCUGCUGCUGCGGGCAGUGCAACUUCUGAAGCGCGGGAGGCUACGGUGUUUUCAGCACAUUCUCUUGAGACAGGUGCCAAUACAUUAAGUAACAGUUUAUUUGCAAAUUUUAAUGUAAAUGACUUGCCUGCAGCCAAGCCACCACAAGUGUCUUGUAGGCCCCUUCACCAGAAGGUGUCUCCUAAAUUAAAGCAAAAAAUAUGGGAGGAUGAUUUUAUGUUCGUGGCUGAAACACAGGAAGAGGCUACUGCUGCUUUACAACAAUUCAUUUUUAUGUGUAGCUCAGUAGGAGUUCCUAUUGCAGAGGAAAAAACUUUCCUCCCAUGUCAACAGAUGGCAUUUGUAGGUAUAAUGCUGGAUAGUGUUACAUCUACGGCUUCAUUGCCAACAGAUAAAGUAGAGAAAGCUGCAACAGCUAUCCAUACUCUAUUAGGAAAGGCUAAGUGUACGCUCAAAGAUCUACAGUCAUUGAUUGCUCGAUUCAGGACUCUGGCCCCACAAGCAGAUCAGUUACCAACCACAGUUCCCAAUCAUCUUGCACCCGCCAACUUCUUCCAGUCAUUGAACAUCAACUCAUUUCUGCUAAGUCCACUUUCGUUUUUGUCAGGGGCACCUGACAAUCGAGGUACAGAGUUUAUCAUUGGCUAUAUGCAGAACAUUGCCGAGUCUAUAAACGUCGAACUCUUUAUCACAACCAUGAGGACCACCACAGUCAAUGUACGGGUGACCGCCCCGAGAUACAGCGCCGCGGGGAUCAACUCUGCCUUCUCUGUCACUGCCGGAACUGUGAAACAACUGUUCUUCCAUCCCCGUAUUCGAAUGAAAGGCAACGAGAUGAGUUCCAAGGCCGUAUGGAUCACCGCUGAUGACGAGGUAGUUAUCUAUGGUGUAAACAAGGAGACAUACUCGUGUGAUGCCUUCCUUGGUCUUCCAACUGACGUCCUCGGAACAGAAUACUACGCUGUCACAUACUACCCUCCAUCCAGACAGUGUGAACUUAUGAUUGUCGCAGUAAACGACAGCACUUCAGUCAGUAUCACGGUAGGAGAAGCCAUUGGAAGUCGGUAUAUAUCUUGGGGAGGAAGGAACUACAAAAAGGGUAAUACUCUCACUGUUACAAUGAACAGGUUCGAUACAUUUCAACUUGUCACUUACGGGGAUCUUACAGGGACAUACAUCGAAUCUAGCAAAGCUGUCUCAGUGUUCAGUGGAAACAUGAAAACUAAUAUUGGCAGAGGAGGCAGUUCUGAUCAUUUGGUUGAACAUUUAACACCAGUUUCUACGUGGGGUAAGCGAUUUGUUACUGUUCCAGUCCCACUGAGGACGGUUGGUGAUUAUUUCAAAUUUAUAGCCAGUGAAAGUAACACCAAAGUAAAAAUCAGUGGCGGUUACUCGAGCUCGUUUACCUUAAAUAACCCUGGAAAAAUGGUUCAGAAAACAAUAUCUUCGAAGGCAUAUUGUCUUGUUGAAUCGGACAAGCCAAUAUUAGUUGUUCAGUUUUGCCUCAGUCAACAGUCAUCAAGAGAAAAAUCGGAUCCUAUGAUGAUGAUCAUUCCACCGGUGGAACAAUACGGAGCCGACUACACAUUUACAACACCAAAGUACUCUCUCGGCUCUUACAACAACUAUUUCAUGUUUAUCAUCAAGGAAUCUGAGAAAUCAGGACUGAGGGUUGAUGGCAAUGCCUUCCCAUCAAACACGAAGUAUAACAAAAUCAGCGGUACGGAUUACGUAGGGGGCUACAUCAGUGUGUCCGAGGGGUCCCACACUGUACGUCACACGUCUCCUAUCUCCAUCUUUGGAGGAUAUCUGUACGGUCAAGCAAACUAUGAGACGUACGGGUUUACUACAGGCAUGAGAAUGGCGGGCAUCAACACGAUAUGUGUGCCAACUGCCACUGUUGUUGGAGACGGUGUUGACAAUGAUUGUGACGGCCUAAUUGAUGAGGAGUUGUGCACUGUAGAGAAUCAACGUAGAGAUGAUGAUGGUGAUGGACAGGUGGAAGAAGAUUGUGCGAAACCUCCACCGAUUGAUGGUGCCUGGGCAUCGUGGGGAUCAUGGGCUACAUGCUCGGUGUCUUGUAAAUCUGCCACAGGAGGCACCACAAGUGGAACAACUACCAGAACGAGGCCAUGCAGCAAUCCAGCACCGAAGUAUGAUGGAAAGCAAUGUUCCGGCUCUGGAUCACAAAGCAAAACAUGUACUCCUUCAAACUACUGUCCAGUACAUGGGGGUUACUCCAGCUGGGGAGGAUGGGGUGCGUGUUCUGUGACGUGCGCCAGUGGUACCCAAACCAGGACUCGUUCGUGUAACAAUCCGACACCUCAGUAUGGCGGAAACUCUUGUUCUGGAAGUAGUUCAGAGGCUAAAUCUUGUACAAAGAGCGCAUGUCCAAUUGAUGGUAAUUGGGCUAAUUGGGGUUCAUGGACGUCCUGUACCAGAACAUGUGGAGGCGGAACAAAGAGAAGGUCACGGACAUGUAGCAACCCGGCAAAAGCACAUGGUGGGAAAGAUUGCGCUGGAAGCAGUAGUCAAGAUACAUCUUGUAACACACAGAGCUGCGCAGUUCAUGGCGCAUGGGCCAGUUGGGGUAGCUAUGGGUCGUGCUCAAGAACUUGUGGAGGAGGCGUGAAAAAACGAUACCGUACGUGCACAAAUCCGGCACCUGCCCAUGGUGGAAAUGAUUGUCCUAACUCAAACGAAGGCAGUGCUUCGUGCAACACCGGUGCUUGUCCAAUUGAUGGAGCAUGGUCCGCUUGGGGAAGUUACGGUUCCUGUUCAGUGACCUGUGGAGGAGGUAAUAAGUACAGGAGCAGAACAUGUUCUAAUCCUACUCCACAGUAUGGUGGAGCGUCCUGUGGUAAUGCCGAUACCAGCAGUGCUACAUGUAAUACUCACCACUGCCCAAUUAAUGGUGGGUGGGCAAGCUGGGGGAGUUACGGUGCUUGCUCAGUAACUUGUGGAGGGGGAACUAAGUACAGAGAAAGGACAUGCACCAGUCCUACACCACAGUACGGGGGAGCGUCCUGUGGGAAUGCUUAUUCCAGCAGCACAUCCUGUAACACUCAUCACUGUCCGAUCGAUGGCGCCUGGUCAAGUUGGGGAAGUUACGGGUCUUGCUCCGUGACGUGUGGAGGAGGCAUUAAAUAUAGACAAAGAACAUGUUCUAAUCCUACUCCACAGUAUGGUGGAGCGUCCUGUGGUAAUGCCGAUACCAGCAGUGCUACAUGUAAUACUCACCACUGUCCAAUUGAUGGAGUUUGGGGAUCAUGGGGUAGUUACACAUCAUGUUCACUGACUUGUAAGGACUAUGGAACUUCCCAGACUGGAACAAAGAGUCGUACUCGUUCCUGUAACAACCCUCCCCCUCAGUACAAUGGAGCUGCCUGCCCUGGUUCCGAUAUGUCAAGCGCUUCCUGUACUACAUCGACAUAUUGCGCAAUUCAUGGUGGCUUUUCUUCUUGGACGACUUGGAGCACGUGUUCCGUGACAUGUGCCACUGGUACACAGGAGAGGAGCAGGACCUGUACAAACCCUACCCCCCAGUUUGGCGGAAAUGCAUGUUCCGGAGAUUUCCAUCAGACGAAAGGAUGUACACUCUCACCUUGCCCAAUUGACGGUGAAUGGGCUACCUGGGGAAGCUGGAGCGCUUGUACAGUUACUUGUGGAGGUGGAAUCUCUACCAGGACACGCACAUGCACUAAUCCCGCCCCACAGUAUAACGGGGCAGACUGUCCAGGAUCCGAUACCACUACAAUGGAUUGCAACACACAAGUUUGUAUAAUCGAUGGCGCAUGGGGUCAAUGGGGCAGCUGGAGUCAGUGUACCGUGACCUGCGGUGGCGGCAAACAGUCACGCACACGAGUAUGUGACGAUCCGAUGCCUGCCAAUGGUGGUCUGCCUUGUAGUGGUGACUCUUCUGUGUUAGGAGAUUGUAACGUCAGAUCGUGUCCAGCUGCGGCUGCUGGAGUUUACCAACAGCUCUGUCCUACCGGCUGGUUUACCUGCGAGUCUGGAGCAAUGAAAUGUAUCAACAGAGAGUUCCAGUGUGACUGUUUUAAUGACUGUGAUGACGGAAGUGACGAAACUGCCACUUACGCUGGAUGUAGUGGAGCACUUCUGGCUUCCUGUCAAAGUGGCGCGGAAGAUGGUUAUGUACUAGACACUAUUGGGGCUUUUUAUGGCAAUGAAUAUGGUGUAAAUAUUUUGAUAAAAAUUCUUGGAACAGUUGAGAACCUGACCUUGUGGCUCAGUGAAGAUGACAAUGUGAUUGUUGACCGGAGCAAUAGGGAUGUGUUGGAGACACAGCAUGAUACUCUUACUGCCAAUGAGGACCGCCAGUGUACUAAGUCAAGAUCGGUUGUGGAGAGCUACCAUGGUCGACUGAAACAGUAG